UACAACAGAAAAGGAGGCAAAUAUCUUUUUGAUAUUUUGAAAGAAUCGCAUUAUCUGGUCAACACCAUGGAAACUAGGGCGUCAUCAUGAAGCACGAUUUGACAGCGACCCUCAUAAGGAGAUAUUGGAACAGAUGACCAAGAGCCUGGUCAAAGAAACAGGAACCAAUUCCUCCCAAUCAUCAGCUUAUGUCCAAAUGCCUGGUUCUCAUGUUAUACCCAGCUACUACGGUGUAAGAAGACCUUACCUCUCCGAUUCUGACCUGCCUCAUUGCCCUUCAUCCAAACAUUACUCAGCGGAUGUGUACUCAUCUUCACUGAGCAGCAAGUCCUUUGGGUGCGAGCCUCCAGCCGUCACUGGGUAUCAACAUCUGCUUGAUCCAUAUAUCACAGAAACAUUUGGAGAUUACCGCACACCGACCUUUCCAACUGCAACAAGUUCCAUCUUUGCACCUCAGCCUCUUGCACCUCUCUUUCCUCCUUUUCCCAAUGAGUCGCCCCAUUUCCUACUGAGAGAUUCCUGGGACAGUGUGCAAGAAAAUGUUAAUCAUGGCUCCGCAAUUUGCGACACGCUCCAGCAGAUGCAGGCAACAGCCGCUAACUGUCAAGCACAGCACCAUGGCAACCACUCCAUGCCCGACACAGAGUCUGCCUCUUCAUCUCAGUACAAGAAUGUUGCUCGGAACAGCGGUGAGCCGAGCCAGAGCUCCCAGCCCUACCCUCUUCACCCGAUGGAGGAGAUGCACUUCAGCCCUGGUUUCCCAGUCACCUCAGCCUAUGGGUGUGCCCCAUUCAUGACUGUAUCCUCCGAACUAGCCACCAAGACCAUCCACCUCUCAUCUGAGGAAUCAGCUGACACCACGCCCUCCUCCCUGAUUGACAUGUCCUCUUGGGCAAAAGAAGAUGGCAGCACCGGCUGGCCUUUGUAUGAAGUCAGGCGGACCUACUAAAAUGCCUUGGCUGCUCGAUAUAUUGUAAAUUUAGUUAGAUGAAGGGUUGGAGUUCUUUAUGUCAGGGGGUAGUGUGUGCUUUGAGGGAGGAAUAAUUAAAAAUGAAUCCAUUAUUAGUCUUGAUUAGGAAAUGAAGUGUGAUUCUUGGACAAAGAAGUUGCAUUAUACCUGAUGCAGCCAAAGAAUAUGAAGUAAUUAGUUUAAUCAGAUCUAAAGAUGUGUGACAUUAAUAUGCAUUUCGAUUACAUUGUCAAUGUACCUUGUACAGAGCACAAGUAUGUGAGCCUGUC